AUGAUCGGCGCGUGCGUCACCGCGCUCUCGGCCGCCAUCCCCGCCGCCGCGCGCGCGGCCACGACGGCUGCGCCGUCGGCCGCGAACCUCGUCGCGUCGAUCGCCGCGGAGGCGGCCGUCGCCAACGGCGCGGACACGGCGUGGGUGCUCACGUCGACCGCUCUGGUUCUCUUCAUGACGCUCCCGGGCCUCGCGAUCUUCUACGCGGGCCUCGUGAAGCAGAGGAACGCCAUCUCGCUCCUGAUGCAGACGUUCUCCAUCGCGGCGGUCAUGACGGUCCUGUGGACGGUGUGCGGGUACUCGCUGUCCUUCUCCGAGGUCGGCAUGGUCGAGGGCAAGGUCGGCCUGCACUCGUUCAUCGGCGGCCUCGACAAGUGCUUCUUCCGGGGCAUCACCGAGCACUCCCUCACGGGCACCAUCCCGGAGCUCCUCUGGGCCGCGUUCCAGAUGACGUUCGCCAUCAUCACGCCCGCGCUCAUGGUCGGCGCGUGGGCGGAGCGCAUGAAGUACGCGCCCAAGAUGAUCUUUAUUGUUCUGUGGUCGUUCCUGGUGUACUUCCCGGCCGCGCACUCGGUCUGGGGCGGGCCCGGCGCGUACUUCGCGGACAUGGGCGUCCUGGACUUCGCCGGCGGCAUCGUCGUCCACGUGACGGCGGGCAUCGGCGCGCUGCUGGCGUGCAUCAUGGUGGGGCCGCGCCGCGACAACGCGAUGAAGCCGCACAACCUGCCGCUGAUGGCGAUGGGCACGGGGAUGCUCUGGGUCGGCUGGUACGGCUUCAACGCCGGCAGCGCGGUCACGGCCGGCGGCGCGGCGGCCAUGGCGCUGCUCGUGACGCAGAUCUCCGCCGCGACGGCGGCGUGCGUGUGGAGCGCGGUGGACUGGGUCACGGAGGGCAAGCCGUCCAUGCUCGGGCUCGGGACGGGCGCGAUCGCGGGGCUCGCGUCGAUCACGCCCGCCUCGGGCUUCGUGGGCCCCGUGGGCGCGCUCAUCAUCGGCGCCACGGCGGGCCUCGUGUGCCGCUUCUUCUCGUUCGAGAUCAAGGAGAAGUUCGGCUACGAUGACUCCCUCGACGUGUUCGGCGUGCACGGCGUGGGCGGCUUUGUCGGCACGCUGCUCGUGGGGUUCCUGUGCCACCCGAUGUUCGGUGGCAACCAGGUCGGCGUCAACAUGCUACACCAGUUCGGCGUGCAGGCCUUCGCGGCGUUCAGCACGGCGGCGUACACGCUCGUCGCGUCGUACGUGUGCCUGAAGAUUGCCGGCGCGCUGUGCGGCGGCCUGCGCGCGACGGCCGAGGAGGAGGAGAGCGGCCUGGACUCGUCGAUGCACGGCGAGGAGGCCUACUCCAUCAUGAGCAUGGACGAGGACAAGCCCAUGACUGCGUAA